AUGGACAGAAUUUGAUUCGAGAACGGCUUGGUACACUGUCACAUUUCAACCCGAGACAUUCCCAAGACUCGGUGAUGCAGCGUUUUUUUAUGGAUAAUGAAGGUUCUCAGUCGUACAUCACGCUGAGAGGUGCUCUCACUUCCUCAGGUCAUGUGGAGCCGAGUCACAUGCUGUGGCGUGAAAGAGAAAGAGGAAAGAAAAACAGAUGAUAUAUUGAGAACAGAAAAAAAAAAGGGGGGGAGGGCUGCUGCUGCUACUGCUAAGGUGUCGUAGACAAACAAAGCAGGAAGUGAUGCCAAGCCCAGAGAGAAAGAGGGUGGCAGAGAGCAGAAUUUAUAGAGCACAGAAGGAAGAAUGAAGAAAAUCAAGAUGGCAAGUCGGUGGUGAAGAAGUUAAGAACCUGACAGAUGAGUAGGUGGAGCUGGCAAAGAUAAAAAAAAAAAAAAAAAAAAAACACAGGAAGUUACAGUAAGGGAAUGUGAAGAAGAAGAAGAAGAAGAAAGACAGAAAGCAAAAUGCAACAGUGAUAGAAAAGAUGGACUAGACUACAUCACCCAAUCAUAGUUAUAAUGUGUGUUUCCUCUCCUGACAGCUAGCAACGAUCGGGAGGUGUUAGAGAUCAGCGAGCGGUGGGCAUAUGGUGCUGUGCUGACUGCUUCAUCUGCAGUGCAGUUAUUUAUGUAUUUUUCUCAGCAUGGCGGACACGGACGGCCAGCGGAACAGAGACCGGUGUGAUCCUGAAUCGGGGAUCUUAACGGAAAACACCCGAGUGCACAGAAGGUCCACAUGGACUAAUGGUCAGUGUGUAGUGGCCGUACCCACACCCUCUAUAUUAACACCAAGCUUCGACCUGGAGCUCUGCAGGACACAGCUGGAGGAAGAAGGCUUCCAUAUCCCUGUGGAGGACUUUGAGACUCCUUUAAGGACAGCACUGGAGUCAUCUUCCAUCAAGAGAUACUUGUUCUUCAACUCGUCUCUGUUUCAUUUCAUCAUGGCCCCAAUCGUCUACCUGGUGCUGUGGUGUGCCAUGUACUCCAGCCUGCACCGUUACCUCAAUGAGAGCGUCAUGACUCUCUGGCUUCUGUGUCUGUGUGUGAGCGUCGUCGUCGUCGUCGUCACGUUCGCCAUCGUCCUCGUCUUCCACUACAACAACAAAGAGAUCAAUGUGAAUACCGAUCUGCGUCUGGUGCGAGUGAACGAGCGGCUCAUUGGACACGGUCUGCUCCUGGGGGUAGCGGACUGGAUUGAAAAGUGCACUGGGAAAAUGCAGCUUUGUUGUGUGUUCUGGGAUUUGGGUCCCUGUCUGCAAUCCUUGACUGAAACUUUACAGGAACUGGACAGGAGCAAUGAUGAGAUAAAGAACAAACUGAAGAAGAGAAUGUCCCACCUCACUGUCGUGGCUGAGAUCCCGCCUCCUGAGCCGGAUGCUUCAGAGAUUGACGAGGAGCCUGGUGAAGAACAGCUCUUGCUGGGAGGGGGCAGCAAGAAUCGUACUCGACCCAAGAAAAGUGAAGAAAUUAUACUGACCCAAACAUUUAGUCUGUUACCAGACUUCACCCUGUCAUAUCAGGACAUUGCAAACCACCUUUUGAUGAUCUACAGUGCUGUCUAUGUGAAGCUGCUGGUGUCAGAGAGGCUUCCAAGCUCCUCAUUUCAUUCUCUAGAUUCAGAGAGGAAUCACUGCACUAUUGCGUCACUGUGUCUUUGUCAGUAUGUACAUUACAAACUUCUGCAGUAGAGAGACUCAAGCUGCGAAAGACUGCCCACAAUGCAUUUCUGUAGAAAUGCUCAACGUGCACAAACCUGAGCCUUGCUGUUCUAUAAAUGUUCUUUAAAUUAUUUUUUAUUUUUGUGCUGCUUUGUAAAAUACAGAUAUAUUUCCUCAUUUUAA